UAAAACAAUUGGUUAUAUCAUAUGUUUUUCAAAUCGACGAAUGCUAUUAUAUAUUUUGUAUUGAGCACUCGCGGCAUACUCCGACGGAGGGAGAGCGGCGGCGGCAGCGGCGAGAGAGACGGACGGGGGACGGACGCACGCCGACGCCCGACGACGACUAUACCCGCGCGCGACGAGAGCGCGGGCGAGCGCGCGUCUGUUUUUAUAAAGAGCACACGGCACGACGACUCGCGUCGCGUCGCGCCGUGCCGUGCCGCGCGGCUUAUAAUCUCGCCCAAUCCGCGGCUCCACUCAUAAAGUAUACGGCGGAACAAAAAAAGAGGGAAAAUCGUUAUAGAAUAAUCAAGCCGUCGCCGCGCCGUUCGCUCGCUUUCGGCCGUCGCCGUCGGGAGACACAACGCGGCUCCUUCUCGGUCGCGCGCGCGUCAGCCGCCGUGGUGAUCAUCUCCGCUGCCUCCUCGCGACCGAGGAUGCCCCGCCGUUGUCAUCCGGGUACAUGAAGACUCCGUCGCGUCGCGGGCCGACGACGAUUCGACGGUUCGGCGUUUAUUCGUCUUAGCCGGUCCAGCUCGGCUUUUCUCUUUCCGGGAGGAGAAAAGAGAAAAGAUUCCCCGCCAAGAAGAGAGAGAAAGAAAGAGAGAGAGGAUCGGCCAAAGCGAAAAGUCUUCCAGCGGUGGAACGAGAAGAAAAAUCGUCUCCCUUCUUCCCCCGACCGGCACACGCCAGUCAUCCUUUCUUUCGUUUAUCGCUCCCUCUUUUCCUUCGCCGCUCUCUUCCUUCGUUCUCCCCUUUUUCCCCUUUCUUCCUUCCCCCCGUCUUCGCGCUCGUCCGUUUUCCUUUUUGAAAAAUGGGCACGGCGACACGCGAUCUCGAGCAGCAGCGGCGCGAUCGGCAAGCGGCGGAUCGCUCCGCCGCGGCGCAGUGCCGGAUCUGUGCGGCCGACAUCGCCACCGACGACGAUGGGAUGCACAUUUUCGCCGAGGAAGGUCGGCGUCAUUACCUGCAGACCAAAAUACGAAAAUAUCUGCAUAUCCUGGUAUCGUCGGAGGACAAAUUUUCCAAAAUGGUCUGUGCUACAUGCGUCAAAAGACUGGAGGGUGUCCAUCGCUUCGCGAUGAUGGCGUACCGUACCCAAGAAAAGUUGAGAUCACAGCUUUAUGGUAACAUUGACAAUACGAAUCCUGUACAAGAUGACGAGAUACAGAGUAUUAAAGAUAUGCAAGAUACUGCAAAGAAAACGGAAAACCGAGGGCUUUUACAUUCGAUAUUGACAAAGGGUGCAAUAGAAAUCUUAACCGAAGAUGAAUCAGUUGGACCACAGGAAUCAAAUUCCCAAGAGGACAAACGUUGCACUCCGAGCAUGGAAGAAAUGGAGGUAAAGGUGGAUCCAAUGCUAUUUUUACAGUGCGGUAUGGAACAGUCUUCGUCCGAAGCUUCAGAUUCCUCGGAUAACGAGGAAGAAAUUACAAGGACACAUACGCCGGAGCCGUUACCUUUAACGAACAAAAAUACUGAAGUAGAGGAGGAAGAUGAAGAGAAGAAAGAUGAAGAUGAAUCUAAAUCGCAUGAGGACAGUGGUAAAACUACAUCCGAUACACCGACAAAGCCACACGAAUGUACGAUAUGUGCCCGAUCUUUUAUAUCGCAAAUCGGAUUGCAAAAUCACUUGUGGUCACAUUUACCCAGAGAGAGAAGAUUCGACGGAAAGCCUAUUUUACAAUCCCAACACGUUUAUUCUACGAACGGUGUGCUUCAUACGAACAGUGAUAAUAAUUCGUCCAGCAACUUUAUCUGUCCAAUCUGCAGUAAAAAGAUUUCUACAAAGGGAAAUUUGAAAGUGCAUUUAGAGACUCACAGGCCUAAAGGAAAGUACGGCUGCGACAUAUGUGGAAGAAUUUUCAAAACUCAAUCGAAUCUCUUCAGACACAAGGAGUAUCACGGCGGCGUACAAUUUCCGUGUAACGUAUGCGGGAGAGUGUAUCCAACGAAUUCAACGUUACGCGCCCACAGCAUAACGCAUUCGGACUUGAGACCGCACGCAUGCCCGCUCUGUGAUAAGACAUUCAAGCGAAAUCAGGAUUUAAAAUUCCACAUAAAUCAGCACACGGGUGCGAGGCCUUAUCAGUGUCCUUACUGUCCGAAAGCUUUCGCGAGCUCCGGCAACUGUUUUUCACAUCGUAAGAGAAUGCAUCCACGGGAGGUCCAUCGGGAUCGACAGAGAGCGGCGGAUUUAAUGAGAUGAACCAUGGGCAGUCAAUACGAAGAUUGGUCUUAGAAUUUCGGAUGAAUGUUCUGCCGAAGUGAUCGUAUAUUGGUCAUAUAUUAAUGUCUGUCGUAAUAUAAAUCUUUUAUUUCCAGAGAUUAACGGUGCUAAGGUACGAGAAUGGAAAAAUUUUGUAUGUUUUAUUCUUAAAUUAUUUAUAUACAUUUAGCGUUAAGUACGUUGUUGUUGGUACUGUAUAUUUUGUUAAUUAUUUAUUGAACAUGUCUUUCUACUGUCUGAUAGAAGAUGUUUGUUAAUAUGAGAUAUUGGUGAACUUCCAUUAUUGUUAGUAAGCUUAGCGUUGAAGCUUUACUACGGUAAUAGCAAAGAAAGUAAGUUUGAAAUUUCAUAGCCAGAUUUAAGUAUUGAUACUUCUAGUCUUAUUUUUUAUGCAUAUUAAUGCAAUUUUUACACAUUAUUUUAGUGAUAAGAGAUAAUAAUUGUUAAAUGUUUCUAGGAAUAUAAUGUAAUUGUAUUAUUGUAAAUGUAUUGUUUUUAAACCGGUUAACACAUCUAAAUCUGAUUUUGUUAUAUGUUAGCACAUUUUAUUUUCGUGAUAAAAAUAUCCACACACUGCCACAUUUUUGCGCAUACCUCUUUAUUUUUUCAUUUUUCUAGAGAGACAAUUAAAAGUAGUAUUAGAGUAGAUACUAGAAACUACAUGAUUUGUGUACUUCCUACUAAAAAAAAAACAAGGACCUUUAUGUAUAGCCAAAUAUAUCGUAAUUCUAUACUCUAUAUGACAUUAUCUUGAAAACUCUGUGAUAAUUGUAUUGGUACUCGUCGUUUUAUACUGGUUAUGGAAUUUACAACUUACCAUAUAAUAGGAAUACUAUUCUACGAGCGUAGAUUAUAUACGAUUGUAACGUUAUUCAAACAGUGACGAAGAUUCUAAAGAAGAACACAACUUAUUUUACUCACAGCGAUUGAGAGAGCAAAUAAUCCAUAGGAAACUUUAUACGGAACAUACGUAUCGACCAAAAAGCGAAAAAAGAAAAUUUGCGGAAAGAAGAAAAAAAAACAGAGUUUUGUAGCCUGUGACAUAUUUUUAGCACAAUACAAACAUCAUCAUAAAUGUUAAGACUGUAUACGAAAAUUAUGUGUCAAAUUAGAUAAUAACUUUAAAGGCGGACAAGACCGAAUGUUGUGUAUGAAACCCAAGUCUAGUCGUCUGGCAGUAUUAAUUAUCAAUAAGCGAUAUGUGUAGAAGCGCCGUAGUCGAUAUUACAAAUACGAUCAUGACGUUAUUCUUAUAAGUGAGAUAUAUGAGGUAAAUGUUAAACAGAAGUCUGAGUAGUUUUUAGGAAGGUAUAGUUAAGUUAGUUAAUUAGGUAGAUAAUUCGUGUAAACGUAGAUAAUAGUCCGUGCUUCCGUAUACAUUCGCACACGCGCUAAAACAGAUCGCAGAAGGCGUAUAAAUAGUGAGCAUUACAGGCCCUGAGAAAGAAACGAGUACACAUACGACAGACAGUACACACAAACAAUAAGUAGCUCGUACUACGUAAUGCAGAGACAAAAGAGGGAAACCACAUGUGUAAUCACAUUAUAUUAAUGCAGCAUUAUUAGCUCAUAGAGAUACAAGCGUGUAUUUUGUGAUUACGUUUUUUCCGGACCGCUUGCCGACAUAUAUAUAUAUAUAUAUAUUAUAUACACAGACACUUAUAGACAUAGGUAACAAUAAAUAGUGAUUAUAUAUAUAUAUAUAUAAAAAUAAUCAAUUUUUGACAGAGAAAGAGCAUAUCUCAGUGCUCGCGGCUCAAUCGUCGUCAUUCAUGCAUUUUAGACCUUAGAGAAUCAAAAAUUGAGUAUUUUUCUAAAACCGACACGCCAAAGACACACAGUCCUAGCAAUCGAGACUAGUAAUUAACAAUAAUUCAGAAGUGCCAGUUGUGUAAUGCAGAAAAUUAACAUAGCGUAUUUAGCAGCAGACAAAUACCAUGGAGGAUCAUUCUGUAGAGUUAGCGCAAAAUACAUCUGUGACGUAUAUAUGAAAUAAAUUAAUUGUAUAAAAUUAAUCGAAUUUGCUUCCCACAUUUCUUUGCGCGCUCGCAUAAAAAGGAAAAAUAACACUGCGCGCGUGUCAUUGAACCGACGGCCGGAUGUAUGUUAUCGAUGACUGUGCAAUUAUGAGUAAAAACGAUUUUAAACGGCUACGUCUCUCAUUGACAAAAUGGAAAAAGACUUUUUAACGUGGCAUACUUAAAUCAAUGGCGUGCAUAACAUGCGAUAAUACGACCAUGGAUACGUCUUAAUGAAAUUUCAUGAAGAAUUUAUUCCUGCUGGGCUGUGUGGUAUUAAUCAGUUUAAGAUACUUCAAGCGGAUGGGUGUCAGAUUUUAACCCAGGUAAAAAAUGUUUCUUCAAAAUUUUCUUUGUCAUUCGAGAGCACGUCACACACGAUCUGUUUAUUGUUAUUUAAAUUUACUACUAGAAGCCCAAAUUCAACAAUUAAGAAAAACUUAUUUUCCUAAGAUUGAAAUCGACCUUUCUGCCAAUGCAGAUUAUUUCGAUUUAACUUAUUUUUUAAUAUUUUCCUAGUUCUAGAAAUUAGAAAAAGAUACAGUGUAAAUCAAAGAAAUUGAAGUUAAUCUGAUAAACAGACAUUAAUGCGA